GCAGCAGGAAGCAGGUGAAGCGGUGGAACGCAGAGCGCUCUAGGCUGAUACCCAGUGUGUGCUGCGACAGUGCAGAUUGUGUUGUUGUAUCCGGGCUGUGAGCGAGGUACAAUCUUCAUCUCUUACAUGUGUGCGGGGAAUAAGCAGAGCCAGAGCUGUGGUGUCAUGCAUGGUGAGGAGUGCAGCUAUCACUACUAAUAGGAAAGAUUCUCCUAUCUUCAGUACCGGGAACUUGGGGGUGCAAUGGCAACUGAUCUUCAAGUUCUAGUUCAGAAAUUUCAAAACCUUUCAGAAGAUGAUCUGAAUGAAGAAGACACAAAUGUGUUUCUGGUGACUUGUCAGAAGUGCCUAGAGGAGGAGCAACUGACAGCGGUACUGGAGAUAAUCCAAGAUGAGAGGAACCAGGCCUUUAUCAGAAAUACAGGGUGGAAUCUCAUUGGACCCAUAACAAAGUGCAUGUUUACUAAUGAACCUGGUAGUGACAAAGAGAAAACCUGUUUACAGAUGAUUAAUGACCUGAUACAGCGGUGCAAUCCAAAGGAGAUCUUGCUGGGAAUUCUCGAACAGGUUGAUGAAGCAACAGGAGAUCUUCUAUCUCGGACCAUCUUGGCAUUGCUUCAGCCUCUGCAGACAGUUCUCCUGAAGCUUGCAAACAAGAUGUCCUACUCUGUGGGUCUGUCAUUGUCCACUGUCCAUUCUCGGAUAUCCUAUCUUCCAGUACCAUACACUGUUGAGCAGAUUAAAGAAGACAAGCAUUCCCUUUGCCAGUGCUGUCUUGCCCUACUUCAGUUUAUACAGCCAUUCGUUGAUCUUGUAUCCCAGACCACAGACAUUACCAAGGAGCAAGAUAUUCAGGAGAUGAGGAAGGAGCUUCUGACAUUCUGUUUUAGUUGCCUGAAGUUUCCCCUCCUCACCGCUCAUCUGAAAUUGGAAGAAGAUGAACUAAAUGGCAAUCCUUUCUUUGUAUUUGCUGAAGGCAUCAUGGGUUUUCUUGUAUCAUUGGGUGAACCUCUACCCAAGGCGUUUAUGCAAAACGUUCGCAAAGCUGAAAGCCUGGAGAAUGAGGACACUGUGCCCGAGAAGGAGAUAUACACCGCUGAGACUGUGGCCUGCCUCUCUUACCUCCUGUUUGUUCAUCAUAUUGGCAUGGACGCUUUCCCAUUUGUAUUUGGGCCAACAUUCGUGCUGAAGUCUAACAUGGAACAUAUUGAUGUGUUGUUAAAAAGGACUGAAGAAUCUGUGUCAUCCAAAGGACUUGAAUUAUUGGAGCACAGUCUGCUAAGAGUUGAUAAUGAAAGUCUCCAUGAAGAUUUGUUAGACAUUAAAGCAGUUGGCCAGGUUUUACAGGAUUUGGUGAAGGUGAUGACACUGUGUCCUAUUGAACAUCUGAGGAAGAAAAGUCUGACCAUGUUACAGUUGGUGAUUGACAAAUUCUGUGUGGAAGGAAAAUACAAAUUAUUUAGGUGUCUGCUGAAGACAAGUAAUCAUUCGGGUUUGGAGGGUUACACCAUACAGAACAUUAAGAACCAGAUAGACUUGGCACUGAAGGCUGAGACCCAAAACAGGUGGUUCUUAGGGACUCGACUGACCCCACUUCUGCAUAUGGUACUUUUACUUCCUGAAGGAGCAGAAACUGAUCUGCUGCAAAAUUCUGACAGAAUUAUGGCUUCCCUCAACCUUCUGAGGUACUUGGUUAUCAAGGAUGAUGAAUUUAUUAAUGAAACUGGAGUAUGGACCGAACUACAGAAAAUUGAACUGCGAUUUCUGAGACCUCUUCACACCGGCCUUAACAUGUCCAGAGCUCAUUACGAAGCAGAGAUAAAAAACACAAUUGACAAAAAGAAAGGGCCACAUUCUAAGACGGUUUGUUCUAUGUCCGCUGGAGGGACCAAGUUACCUGACAUGACUCCUGAAAUGCAGCUUCAGGUUCUACAGUCAGCUCUUUUCACAUUUGAUUUAAUGGAAAGUGUCCUAGCCAGAGUCGAAGAGCUCAUUGAAGUGAAACUAAAAUCUGCACCAGAGGAGAAAAUUGGGUCAAGCAAAGAUGUUUAGCUCGUUCUGUCCUGUAUUUAUCAUCAACUCUUAGGCAAUAAAAAUUUUAUAUGAUGAUGA